AAAAAAUAACUAAAAUUAUCUCUAUUAAUGUUUUGAUGUGGAAGAACAUGAAUAUUUUAAAUAAUUAAUUAAAAAAGACUCAGUUAGUGAAAAGAUUCGCUAGUAAAAUGACCCUAAGAAGUUUAACGAGGUUCUCUGUGCCUCUUUUCAAUCGCUUUCUAUUACAUAAUAAGACCAGCGUAAGAUGUUACAAACCUAGAAGAGCACUUAUGUACGUCCCAGGUGAUGAUACCAGGAAAUUAAGUAAAGCUUUUAAAGUUGAUGUGGAUUGUAUUGUAAUGGAUUGCGAAGAUGGAGUUGCAAUGAGCAGAAAAGAAACUGCUAGGAAUACAAUUAGAAAAUUAUUGGAUAAUGGAAAACCACUAAAACCUAGGGACUAUGAUUGGGCUAUUCGAGUUAAUUCAGUCCAUAGUGGUCUUUUAGAAGAAGAUUUGAGACAAGUUUUAACAGCAGAAUUUUUACCUGACACAAUUUUAUUACCAAAAAUAACAACAGUUGAUCAUUUAAAAUAUUUUUCAGAUCAAGUAAAUAACUCCAUAAAAGAUGAAGAACAAAUAAACCUUGUGAUGUACAUAGAAGAUGCUUUAGCAAUGAUUAAUCUGGUCGACUUAUGUAAAUCAGCUUUUGAGCUAUCAAAAACCAGCAAAUUCAAAUUAACCUCAUUAAUUUUUGGUAGUGAUGAUUUCUGCGCUAGUAUUGGUAUCUCAAGAAGCGAAAACGCCUCUGAGAUAUUGUAUGCAAGGCAAAAAUUGGUUGUUGUUGCAAAAGCUUAUGGUUUACAAGCAAUUGAUAUGGUUUAUAUCCAAUACAAAGAUUUGGAGGGUUUAAAACGACAAAGUGAUGAAGGCGCUCGAAUGGGGUACACAGGAAAGCAAGUUAUUCAUCCCAAUCAAGUUCCAAUUGUACAGGAAGCUUUUUUGCCAAGUCAAAAACAAAUUGAAUGGGCCUCGGCGAUUUUAAAUGCGUUUGAGGAACAACAAAAGAUUGGUAAAGGGGCUUUUAAUUUGGAAGGGACGAUGAUUGAUAUGCCAACUGUGAAACAGGCUCAAAACAUAAUGAAUUUAAUGAGAUCUGUGUAGGAAAAUGUUUUAAUUUUUUAAUAUAAUAAAAAGUUUGUUGUUUUCA